AUGGCUGCCGAAGGUCAAGAAGACAUGCUCGAUUUCAACGCCCAGAAGAUGGACGAUCAAAUGGGUGAAUUGCUCGACGCCUUCGAAAACCACCCUCUGAUGCAGCCCCCGGUCGCCCAUCCCACCCUUUUCUUUCUAUUUGACUUCAUCCGCAACACCCGCAAAGAAUUGAGGGCAAUCGACAUCCAAAAGCUGCGUGAAGGGGACGCCGAAGCCAAGAAACAAAUCAUGGACGUUAUUGGUCGCAAUGGGCUUACGUCGGCCCUCAUCAACGAUACAUCGGGCAAAUUGGCGAUUAUGACGGGCAGUGAUCCAGGGAAUCCAGUGGAUUUUGGGCCGGAUAUCAAGGACAAGAUUAGGGCGUUGGGGCCGGAGAAGAGAUCUGUCUAG